CGUCACUUAUGACACGUAUUCAAAAUGGCGGCCGCGGCUAUGGAGACGUGGUGGGCCUUGCUGCUGUUGUCCUUUUUGCCUGUGGUCCGGCCCUUUUACGUUCCUGGAGUUGCUCCCCGGGACUUCCGUGAUGGUGAGACAGUAGAUAUUAAGGCAGUGAAGCUGACUAGCUCCCGUACCCAGCUUCCUUAUGAAUACUACUCCCUCCCUUUCUGUAAGCCAGAAUCUGUUUUCUACAAGGGAGAGAACCUGGGUGAGGUGUUACGUGGGGACCGUAUUGUGAAUACCCUUUACAAUGUUGAGAUGAACAAAGACAAGAAAUGUGAGAUGAUGUGCAACAAGAAAAAGCUCAGCAUAGAAGAGAGCAAGCUGGUAGCUGAGCGAAUCCAGGAGGAGUAUUAUGUUCACCUUAUUGCAGAUAACCUGCCAGUUGCCACCAGGUUAGAAUUUUACCCCAACAGAGAGGCAGGAGGCGAGGAGGAACAAAAGAAGGAUGUGGUGAAGGAUAUCCAGUUUGAACAUGGCUACAGACUGGGCUUUGUCGACAACAACAAGUUUUAUCUGCACAACCACCUCUCCUUCAUCCUGUACUUCCACAGGGAGAAGCUGGAAGAGGGGGAAAUUCACGACUACAGGGUGGUGCGAUUUGAGGUCGUACCCCAAAGUGUAAAAGUAGAUGACCUGAAAGCAGUGGAAAAUGAAAAGACUUGCACCUUGCCUGAGGCCAGUGGCUCCGCGCCCCAGGAGAUUGACCCAAACAAGGAGAAUGAGGUCCUCUUCACCUACUCUGUCCACUGGGAGGAGAGUGAGGUGAAGUGGGCGUCUCGCUGGGACACAUACCUGACCAUGAGCGACGUCCAGAUUCACUGGUUCUCCAUUGUCAACUCUGUGGUGGUCGUCUUCUUCCUGUCUGGGAUUCUGAGUAUGAUCAUUAUCAGGACCUUGAGGAAGGACAUCGCUAACUACAACAGAGAGGAUGACAUUGAGGACACCAUGGAGGAGUCGGGAUGGAAGAAUGUCCAUGGUGAUGUCUUCAGGCCACCUCAGUAUCCCAUGAUCCUCAGCUCUCUGCUGGGCUCAGGGAUCCAGCUCUUCUGCAUGAUCCUCAUCGUCAUCUUUGUUGCCAUGUUGGGCAUGUUGUCUCCGUCCAGUAGAGGAGCCUUGAUGACCACUUCUUGCUUCCUUUUCAUGUUCAUGGGUGUAUUUGGUGGCUACUUUGCUGGCAGACUGUACCGCACACUGAAGGGCCAUCGGUGGAAGAAAGGAGCAUUUUGUACAGCAACUCUGUAUCCUGCAGUGGUUUUUGGAAUUUGUUUCAUCCUCAACUGUUUCAUCUGGGGAGAACACUCCUCUGGGGCGGUUCCCUUCACCACAAUGCUGGCCCUGCUGUGCAUGUGGUUUGGCAUCUCCAUGCCUUUGGUCUACCUGGGCUACUACUUUGGCUUCCGCAAGCAGCCGUAUGAUAACCCAGUACGCACCAACCAGAUCCCUCGGCAGGUCCCAGAGCAGCGGUGGUACAUGAACAAGUUUGUAGGAAUCCUGAUGGCUGGGAUCCUGCCAUUCGGUGCCAUGUUCAUUGAGCUCUUCUUCAUUUUCAGUGCCAUCUGGGAGAAUCAGUUUUAUUACCUCUUUGGCUUCCUGUUUCUGGUAUUCAUCAUCUUGGUGGUCUCCUGCUCUCAGAUCAGCAUUGUCAUGGUUUAUUUCCAGCUCUGUGCAGAGGACUACCGAUGGUGGUGGAGAACUUUCCUGGUGUCAGGAGGCUCAGCGUUCUACGUCCUCAUUUACGCUGUCUUCUACUUUGUCAACAAGCUGGAUAUAGUGGAGUUCAUCCCCUCCCUGUUGUACUUCGGCUAUACGACCCUGAUGGUCCUGUCGUUCUGGCUGCUAACGGGCACGAUCGGCUUCUACGCAGCCUACAUGUUCAUCAGGAAAAUCUACGCUGCAGUCAAGAUCGACUGAGUCGUCACCAUCGCUGCUGAUUUUUGGGGGCUUUUCUUUGUUUUUUCGUCACAUUUGUUUUUUUACAUAUAUAUUUUUUAUUCUUCAUGUCCAACAAGCACUGACUUGUGUUUAGAGGGAACAAGAGGGGUGUUUUUACGGCGUAACAGCCCCACCCACUGGCCUCAUGGGGGAAGAACAGCAAGGUGGCAGAGCUAAACCAGCUGUUUCUCUCUCUCUCUCCCUCUCUCCCUCGCUUCUUUCCUCCUCCUCUCUCUAGGACAGACUCAGAGGGAAUUCCCCUCUGAUGGGACAGUUAAUGUCCUCUGCUGUUUCACCUUGCACACAACACAGUGGGCCAAAGCUUGUUAAACCAUGGUUUCUGCACAUGUUCGUUUUGUCUUUUCAUUUUGUGUUAUGAGUCUAAUUUAUCCAAGUUUUUAUUUUUGUCAUCCCAGGAUUUAUCUCUGACUAAAUCUCUUUCAAACACCUCCUGGGAAACAUUCAUCUAAUUUCCUUACGUAAAUUCUGUCUUUAGUUUUUCCAUUAUCUCUCUUUUCAAAUGUGACUAUGGUUUUGUGUCAGAGACUUUACAGAUCAGGGAAGGGUUGGAGAGUCUAACUGUGGUUAUGGUGUUAACUUUGUCGUGUUGAACUGAUACAGAUGGAAAUUAUGAUGGGAAGUUCUGCAUUGUAACACAAGAAAGGAUAAAUUAAAUGUUCUAUUAUUUUUUA